AUGGUGAAUGUGAUGGUGGCAAGGAGGAUGAUGAGACAGUUGAAUCAAGACAUGGAUGUUGUGAAUAAUGGAGCUGAAGCUGUUCGUGCUGUUCAGAGUUGUGCUUAUGAUCUCAUUCUUAUGGAUGUAUGCAUGCCUGUAAUGGAUGGGCUUGAAGCUACGAGACUGAUUCGUUCAUAUGAAAAAACCGGGAAUUGGGAUGAAGCAAGGAAGGCUGGAGUGGAACCAGAACCACAUGAUCAUAAUCAUGAUUCUCCUUUUCACAAUCAAAUAUCCAGAAAGAGAAUUCCCAUCGUUGCAAUGACAGCAAACGCAAUGUCGGAAAGUGGAGAAGAGUGCUUUGAGAAUGGUAUGGAUUCGUUCAUUACAAAGCCUGUUACACUUCAGAACUUAAAACAAUGUCUUGAACAGUAUGUGGAGUGAUAUAAAAUCAGGGUGUAAAUAGAUCAUAAAUGUGUAUGUGUAUAGAAAUGUGAAUGUGAGUUAGGAAAGUUUUGUAAUCAAUGUUUGGUCUUUUUUCUCGUCCUCUUAGCUCUUGCUUUAUAAGAGUUAGUUGUCUAAACAGUUUUUAUUUCUUUAGAGGGGCGUUAUUAGGUACGAACGAUUGUAGGUUAGCAAAAUAAGUACGUAGUAGGGGACGAGCUGAAUACCAUUCAGCUAAAUAUUAUUAUAGUUUUGUUUUGUGAGCAAUAAUUAAUUAGCUGUGAAUGGC